GGCAACAGCGUCAAGGGACGGCAGCAGUAUAAUACCAUUUUCUGCGAUGGUAUACUGCUGCGUUCCGUUCUGCAAGUCCAGCGGGCGCCGGUCGACUGGAAUAUCGUUCCACGAGAUUCCUGUCACCGAAAUUCGGCAAGAGUGGUUGAAGAAGAUCUCUCGGCAGGAAGAAGGGCCAGGGAGACAGCCAUGGGUGCCGAGUGACCGCAGCAAGAUCUGCAGCUUGCACUUCAAGCCAACAGAUUACAGGGAAGGUUUGAAGCUGCGGAAACUGAAAGCAGAUGCCAUCCCGUCAGUAUUUCCCGGCUACCCAGCCUACCUGCAGAAACAACUUCCAAACGAGCGAAAGCCUGCCAAAAGGUGUUCUGAACCUGGGCUGUUGGCAGACAAGAGUCAUACAGAAGCCAAGAAAAAUAGACAAGACACCUCGAACCCCAAUUGCUCCCUAUUUGAAGGGACUGGUCACCAGACAGGCGUUGUUGGGGAUGACAGCAGUAUGACAAACCAAGGCGCUGAAAUGCUGAUGAAGCCUCAGUUGUCACCUUUACAGGCCCACUCACGGGCAACGCACGUGGAGAUUCCUGUUACUGAACUUCCCCCUACACUUCCAUCAUCACCUAAAACUGCUGUCUGGUUGGCUGAAACUUGUGAAACGCCUGAGCUGACCAAGUGUACGCAAAGCUUCGCAAGCCCGCCAAAAGCAACCAAGCAAUGCGGCAUUCAGACGAGGCUUACUUCAUCACGUAUGACGAAGCUUCUGAAGAAAGUGAAAAACCUUGCACGGGAGUGCCAAAGGCUCCACGAGAUGCAGAGAAAAUUGCAAGAAGAAUUAUCUACUCUGAGACAACAGGCAAAAAAGGCGGAAGCUUUGAUAAAAAAAAACAAAUGGUCAUACUUGCAGGAAAAGGUGGAAGAGAACGAUGGGAAAGCCCUCUUCCUUGAAGAGCAACUCGCUUUCCUAAGCAAAAAGAAAGGCCGGUGGCAUGAAGAGACCAUACGAAAAUGCGUUCUUUGGCAUGCAAAGUCGCCAGCUGGUUACCGCCUUCUUCGAGAGACUGCGGUGCUGUCGCUGCUGAGUCGGUCUACCCUGAAGCGUUACAUUGACGCAUGCACUGGAGAAGUGGUGUCCUCUCUGAUAAAGCAGCGCCUUCAUGCAGAAGUUAAACUUCAUUCAAAGGAGGCACGCUGUGGCUCCUUGGUAAUGGAUGAAAUGUCACUGAAGCAAGCAGCAGUGUACCAAAAACAGUCUGAUGCCGUGCACGGACUGGUAGACCUUGGGGUUGCUGAAGUGGAUUAUGGCUUGGAGGAGGAAUCGGCGACUCAUCUGCUCUGUUUUGUCUUUGUAGGACUGUCCACCCACUGCAGGCUCCCUGUAGGAUAUUACUUCACGAAAGGUUUGACAGGAGAGCAGCUUGAGCUUCUUUCUUUGAAAGUAUUGAGAUCAAUUGAAGAAGCGGGCUUUCAGGUGGUGAGGUUAGUUGCUGAUAACCACAGCACUAAUUGCAAGUUUUUUGCCAGUGGGAAAAUAGGCCCUGUUGUCACUCACCCCCUGGAUUCAGACAGGCCACUGUUCCUCUCAUUUGAUUAUUGCCAUGUAAUCAAGAACAUCAGAAAUCAGUUCCUCGACACAAGAAUUUUCAGAAAUAAUGGAGUGCUGAUUGUUCCAGACUACUUGAGGAACCUACAUGACAUGCAAGAGAAGCUAGGUGGUGCAUUCAGGCUUGUAAGGAGCCUGACGAAAAAGCACCUUUGGCCAAGUAAUUUUGAGAAGAUGUCCGUUGCCAGGGCUGUCGCCAUCUUUUCUCCUGAGGUCACAUCAGUCCUGAGGUUCCUGCAAAAACAUGGACGGCAGAUGGGUGCCAGAGGAUUUGAUGACUGCCUCCCCACCAUUGAAUUUACGGAGCCUGUGUACAAGUGGUUUGCCAUCCACAACAUCAGAAGCACAACAUUGUUCUGGUUGAGUAGAGACCCGUUGAGGAUGCCCUUCUAUGGCCCAGAUGAUGAAAGAACAAGCAGUAACCUGGACGAGGAGAGCUCUGAAGCCACGCAGGACGUCACCGCAGUUUUCGCGACAAUAUUGCCCCCUCGGUGUGCCAGUGCCGUGAGCGAGCGGUCGAGCGAGGCUCGCCGCUCCUUAGACAUUGCCUGUAGCGACUGGCUUGCGGUGGUGUCCAUAGCCUCCGAGGAGGCGUCGGACAGUCGCUCUAACGAGCGAUCCGUGCGCCUUCUGGGCUUCGUCUCAGAGGACGAAGCCUUCGGCGCAACUGUAGCCGAGGUCGACGAGGCCCCCACCGUCUGCCCUCUGCACUGGCUCAUGCCAGUGCAUGUCGAGGCCUCUAGCGGGGCCGUGCUGAGUGGGGGCAGGGCAGCCUUGGCUGCUCCCGCCCUGGGGGCGAGUGACGGUCGCUCCAGCACGCUGCACGUACCUUGGGCGGCCGCCUGA